CCAGGCAGCCACAUUCCUUGGGGAUUCUCUGUGCUGUGUUUGUCACAUAGAUUCCAUCUCUCUGUCCCACUGCUCCACAGCCAUGUGGUGGAGUUUGCUGUUACUUUGUGUGAGUAGCUGUCUGGCAUAUUACUCUCCAGAUGAAAUCCUCUCGUUACCGGGUCUGAACACCAGACUGAACUUCCAGCAGUGGUCUGGCUACUUGCAGGCAUCUCCUGGCCAACAUCUACACUACUGGUUUGUAACAUCCCAGCGAAGCCCAGAUACUGACCCUGUGGUCCUGUGGCUGAACGGUGGACCUGGAUGCAGUUCCUUAGAUGGAUUCCUUGCUGAAAAUGGACCUCUGCAUGUGAAUGAUGAUGGCAGUACACUCUACAUCAAUGAGUACAGCUGGAAUAAAGUGGCCAAUGUUCUGUACCUGGAGUCUCCGGCCGGAGUUGGCUUCUCCUACUCGGAUGAUCAAAACUACGCCACCAACGAUAAUGAGGUUGCAGAAAACAACUAUCUGGCCCUGCAGGACUUCUUCAAUAAGUUCCCCAGCUUCAAGAGCAACGAUUUUUAUAUCUUUGGUGAAAGUUAUGGGGGCGUUUAUGCACCAACCCUAAGCCUGAAAGUUGCAGAUGGACCAGCUCCGAUUAACUUCAAGGGGUACGGAGUUGGGAACGGACUGAGCAGCACAUUCUACAACGACCAGUCACUUGUCUAUUUUGGAUAUUACCAUGGACUCUUUGGAGACACAUUAUGGAGCAACCUGAACACAUACUGCUGCGAAGGUGGAUCCUGCAAUUUUGUCAGCAACAACAACUAUUACUGCCAAGUAUUUGUUGAGCAAGUCUUCCAGAUCAUCUACAAUAGUGGACUUAAUUUGUACUCACUGUACUUGAACUGUGCUGGAGGAAUACCAGGAAGUCAUUCACGCUUCCACACAGAUCUCAAGAACCUCUUCCAACAUUAUCAUUUUGAAAUACCAAAGCAGAACGCAGCUACAUUAAAGAACAUAGCACCUCCGUGUAUCAAUGAUACCGCUCAGUGGACCUGGCUCAAUCGUGCUGAUGUAAGACAGGCUCUGCACAUCCCAAGCUUUGUCCAACCUUGGGAACUCUGCAGUUCUGUGGUUGGUGAAAACUAUCAACGCAUCUACAACACCAUGCACACUUUCUACCUGCAGCUGCUCGGUAAGGGUCUCCGAGUACUGGUCUAUAAUGGGGACACAGACAUGGCCUGUAACUUCCUGGGAGAGAACUGGUUUGUGAAAUCGCUGAAUCAGCAGCAAACCCUAACCUAUCAACCAUGGAUUUACAAUGACCAGAUCGCAGGGUUCUACGAACAGUACGGGAACCUCACCUUCCUGACUGUCAAGGGAGUUGGACACAUGGUACCACAGUGGGCACCAGCAAGAGCUUUGAAGAUGUUUGAAUCUUACCUCACCAACUCUCAAUACUGAUGAGACUGCUGCCUUGCCUGGAGUACCUUCUCUCUACUACCGUGUUGCUUUGUCAUCUAGUUGUUAAACUUUUUAACCUCUUCUCUCAUGCACAAAAUGGGAUUUUUAUUGUGGCACAGAGACCAAAGCCACCAGCACCAAAGUGAGCCAAUUGAAACUAAACUGAAACUAUCUUGAGGGGAAAGAAGGACUUGAUUAGAACAAACAUCAACACUAGUUAAAGAAGAGUUGUUUUUAAUAUUUCAGAGAGUUGUCUGGGUUUGCUUUUGUUCUGGACACGUAAGUGAACAAACUCGAUCAAGCAACAGCUCCAGUUUGCAGGACAGUCUGAUUGGUUCACAGUUAUAUAAAUGGAGGUGUUAGUGAGCAUGGCCUACAGAUUGCUCUCUGCUGACAGGGGCACUCAGAGUUCCUGAAGCUAUUAAACUAACCCUGCUCUGUGUUCCCAGGACUAUCUAAUACUGCUAAAUGUCCAUGUUUCGAGGGGAAAUUCCCUCACCAGUUUCUCCAUUUUGCCUGAGUGCUGUUGCUAUUUUGAGGUAAAAAUCCCAUUUUGGAAUGAAGUGUUUGUAAUUUCAGGAUUGCUAACAUCCAAUGACCCCAGGGGAGCUUUUUAAACAAAGGUCUGAGACCACUGAAUAAAUUCAAUAACCUUUUCUCAUUCAGAAA